CGUUUACUCACUGUGUGUGUGCGCGCGCGCGUAUAUCGGACGGAGAGCGUACGUCGGUGUUAAUAGUGUAUAUGCGAGAGAGUCGGUGCGCCUCUCGGCCGUGGGCACAAAUCGCGAGUAAAAUGGAAGCGGAAUUUCGCUGCGAGGUUGAGGUCCGUCGUUGAAAACAGGUGAACAUGGGAAGGUCCAAGUUUCCCGGGAAGCCGCCGAAGACGGCCACCAGGAAACGGAUCAAGGUGCUGGGCCAGCCUGAGGCAACGCAGAAUGAUCCGGUAACUGUCGCCGAGAACAUCUACUACGGACUUUCCCUGUUCAACGAAACAUUCGGCGACAACGAGAAGGAACAUCCACCAUUCCACGGAUUUAGCACUAAAGAGGCUAAUCUUUCUGCAUCUUAUAUAAAAACACAGCAACACGAUGCAGAGAAGACCAGCGAUAAAUUGCCAUGUGUCACAGUCGAAAAUCUUGCACCACAAUCCAGCACGAAGAAGGACAUUACUGUUAUUAAAAAUUCUCCUACAAACAUCGAAAAUAGCACAGAGAAGUUUACCGAGGCAAAUCCAAAACCAGUCAAAAAUAUUACAAUACCAGUUACAAAUCAGAAUACUAAACAUAUUCCAAAGAUUCACAGAGCUAAAAAUCGUAAGAAUUGUAAAAACAUUAAAUUUUCGAAUUAUUUGAAAAACCCAGUGCUAAAAUCAGUGAACAACAUCUUGGAUCAGCAUCAAAGAACCAGACAAUUGCGUAACAGUACUGCAAAAAGAUUGCUUCAAAGGGCAAAAUCUAAUGGAAGUAAUACACGUAAUUUGGUGGUGCAAUCUGGAGAGAAGCCUAGCACAGUGAGAAAAUUUGUUUUGCCCGUUCGUAGUGUGCAUUCGUCGAGGGUUAUAAAACCAAACAAAAGGUUUAUCGAGGAAUUGGAAGAAAUUUCUGGUACGGAGCAUAGCGAGAAUGAAAUUGGUACACAUGUCAAAAAGACUAAAUUAAAUUCAGAUAAGCUUAGCAACUUGGAAUCAAAAUUAAAAGAGGAUGCAGGUAAUAGGUCGUGUACAAAAUUUAAAGAUAAAGAUACGAGAAACAAGCCAAAAAGAAUGAUUCAGAAUGUAGACUCCAAUGUCGAGAUUAUAACUCAACCAAUAAAAAAUAUGGAAAAAUCAGCGAAUUCUGUACAAAACGCACAAAUAUCAAAACUCACUCCUAGAGAAGUAAAGAAAUCUCAUAUUAUAUCGUGUAAAAAUAAACUAUCAAACAGCACAUUCGACAACUCUAAUAAUAAUCAAGAAUGCUCACAAAAUUUGAGCAGGACGGCACAAACUGUGAAAUCAACUAUUCUCAGAAAUCAGAAACAGAUUUCUAUUCCUACAAAAGUUCUUCCCGAUUCCAAUGUUCCACACUUCGAGUCUUCCAGAGUUCAGACAAGAUCAGGAACUCAAAAUGAAAUAGCGAGCGAUUUAAAUAAUCAGGCGAGCUUUGAGAGUGGUGCAGGAUUAACGGAAAGUGGCUGUGCAGAAACCGAGGAUCAAGCACCUGAAAAUGGUAAUAAGACUGUGGUUAGUACAUUGAACAAUUUUGAGACGGAAAACAAUUUAUCUGAAAGCGAAAGCGAGCACAGUAAUCACUCGGAAAAUGAGCAAUCCGAAUUUAGUGGAAUGAAACUCAAUGGUGGGAAAGUUAUAUUAAGGAAAGCAAGAUUAAAAUUGGAUAACAAGUGUUUAGCUGGAACAGAAGGACCAUUUUCAACGACUAGCACCAGUAAUGCUAUGGGAGGAAGCACUAUAGGAUUAACAGGAACUAUAAAAUGCGGUGUUUGUGGCGCAGUGAGAUUUUAUCGAUUCGUGAAACAGGCUCGCAAAUUUGGCAUUCACAGUUGCGAAUCUUGCCGAAAAUUUAUAAGCAAAAUGAUCAAACAUCAAGCUUGCGCUAAAUCUUCAAACAAUGUUCUUCCUAUUCUCCAGUGUCAUAAAGGCGACGGUCUGUGUUUAGUUCCGCCCGUUGUAAGAAGUCAACAAUGGAAUCUCAUGAGAUGCGUUUAUAGAGCCAGAUGCCCGGCGUGUUGGUUGAAAAUGUGUUUGAAAUGCUACAACAUUCCACCCGCCUUGAGGACAGGUUUAAACGCGUUGUUACCACCAUUAAUGAGAGACCCUUUAAGUAUUUCUCUGCCCCUCGGUCAAGAUGAGGAUGGACAGGGACAAAAGUUGGGCUCGUCUAAACUCAGUUGGCCCGCAGAAGAUAGUUCGGAAAGAAAUUUGUUUAAGUCUGCCAUGAGUUGGAAAAAUUUUGAAAUGGGUCAGAAGACAAGUUAUCAGGGUACGGGAGGCUUUCUCUACACAAAAAUAGACAAAUUCGAUUCUUCGAUGAGUAUAUCGCCUAACAAAAAACGGAGGAAAAAUAACAGGAUUAAAGUGAGAAAGAAAAUUAAUAAAAGUCCAGUGUUAAUCUCUUCUACCGAUAAUCAACAUUCGCAGCCUCUCAGACAAAGGCUUGAGUUGAAAGGGCCAAGAGUUAAGCACGUUUGUCGAAGUGCCAGUGUCGCGCUUGGGCAGCCGAUUGCAACUUUUCCUACUGCAGACGCGAAAGAAGACAACGAACAUGGCAAAAACAUUCCAAAGACGGUGAAAGAAACUGAGAGAGCAGAGAAGAGGGACGAUGUUACGAAAGAGAAAGAAAUGCAGAAGCAUAAUGAAGAUAAUAAUUUAAAUCUUAGCGUUAACAUGACACAACAGUCUCAUUCGAGAAGAGGAAAACCGCAACAGGGUGUGUCAACGUCGCAUUUUCCAGUGGUGUCUAAGGUAGCUAUGGAUACUGCAUAUACAGUUUCCAUAGAUUUCUGGGAGCAAUACGAUCCUUCUGAAGUUGGAGCGAAGGGUUUUGCUCUUAUUGGUUCUGAGUUAUUUUACAUACCUGCUAUUUGCUAUUUGUGCGGAAGCGCUGGUAAAGAGCCGCUGAUCCACUGUCAAUGCUGUUGCGAGCCAUACCAUGCCUUCUGUUUGGAACCCAGUGAAUGGAAUGCUUGUGCACAGCCAAACUGGUGUUGUCCUCGGUGUACGAUAUGUCAGUCCUGCCAUCUCAGAUCCGGUCCGAAAUUAUCCUGCAUUCGUUGUCGACAGUCGUUUCAUCAUUCAUGUUUGUCAAAGUCCGGUAUUAGCUCCAGAUUGUACAGUCCCGAUCGACCCUAUGUUUGUCAAAGUUGUAUUAGAUGUAAAAGCUGCGGUAGCGAGGGCGUUAAUGUUCACGUUGGUAAUUUACCUCUCUGCUCUAUGUGCUUUAAGUUAAGGCAACAAGGCAACUAUUGUCCUUUGUGUCAGAGGUGUUUGUGUCAGAGGUGUUACAACGAAAAUGAUUUCGACACGAAGAUGAUGGAAUGUAGCGAGUGUUCCUGCUGGGUACAUGCCCGUUGUGAAGGCCUUUCCGAUGAGCGUUACCAGAUACUUAGUUACCUGCCCGAUUCGAUUGAAUUCACAUGCAGUCAGUGCUCUUCCAAUUCGAAUUCCUCUAUCUGGAGAAAUGCCAUAGAAGCGGAACUGAAGGCGGGUUUCAUCUCCGUAAUUAAAUCUCUGAGUAAAAACCGCAAGAUUUGUACGGCUCUCAAGUGGAGUCCCAGGAAGGAGUGUCUCUGCAGGCCACUUGCAAGCGUGAGGAAACUCGAGUUUCCCGAGGACAAGAACGAAACGAACAGUACGAAAGAGAAUGAGGAAUUAGAAGAGUACAAUGGUGAUAAGUCUGUGGAUACCGACUCGAAUUCGGGUGUCAAUUACAGGGAUGGUAUAAAUAAGCCAGAUUUAGAAGAACAUUUAACCGAUGGUACCGGUAAGAAAGGUCUGCGACGACUACGACAAAAAUUUCAUCUAAGAGAAUGCUCGGUUAGAGUGAAGAACUGUGUUCCGAAAGACUCUCAAGACAACGAGAGAAAAGACUGGACGAAUCAGGACUCGUUAGUUUCUUCGAAUGACGUCACGGAAUGUAACUGUUCCGAACAACAAAUUAUCGUGAGGCCUUCGCCUACUUUAAUGUCUGUGAAGCGUAAGGUGAAUGGUAACGAGUACAAAUCGUUAUCGCAAUUUCAUUGUGAUAUGGAGCACGUAAUCAAUCGUGUCGGUUCGACGAAUCUAUUAGAAACGUAUCACGAUAUUUUGCAAGAGGUCUUUCCAUGGUUUAUUCCGAAGGAUUUCAAGAAUAGCGACGAUAACGACGAAAUAUUAACGCCUACUAAAGAUGUUGGUAAAGACACCACUCUAACGACAAAGUUUGAUGAUUCUAUCUUGGAAGCGUGGAAAGAGGAGGUGAUGAAAGCGCCAAAAGCAAUUGCAGCGAAAACGGCGAAUCUGUACAAUAUUCACGUCGAGGACAGCAGAUCGUGUUGUUUAUGCAAGGGCUUGGGCGAUGGGCAUGAGACAAAAGAGGGCAGGUUGCUGUAUUGUGGACAGAACGAAUGGGUACACGCGAAUUGUGCGUUAUGGUCAAACGAGGUGUUUGAGGAAAUCGACGGUUCACUACAGAAUGUUCACAGUGCCAUUUCAAGAGGUCGUUUAAUCCGCUGCUCCGAAUGUGGCAAGAAGGGUGCGAGCAUUGGAUGUUGCGCGAAAAACUGCAGCAAUACCUUUCACUUUCCAUGCGCGAGGAAUGUUGGGCUUGCUUUCAAUGAUGACAAAACGGUAUUUUGUGUCUCUCAUUCCGACAGUCACGCCUGUAAAUCUCUGCAAAAUGAGAACGAAUUCAGUUUGAAGCGACCAGUAUACGUGGAGUUGGAUCGUAAGAAAAAGAAGUUUGCCGAACCCAACAAAGUCAAGCUGAUGAUAGGCUCUUUAAUGGUUGAUUGUCUUGGUACCAUCAUUCCGGAAUUCUCUGAUACUGCUGAGAAAAUAAUACCAUGCGAUUACAAAUGCUCUAGAUUCUACUGGUCCACAGUGAAUCCUUACAAGAUCGUGAGAUAUUACAUUAGGACUUAUGUGCAGGUAUAUAUGCCAGAUAUUUCAUCUGACAUGGAGAAUAAUAUCACUAUCGAUCACAGCAAGGAGGAGGAAAAGGAAGAAGUGCCGACAGAUGCUCAGAGAAUCGACUAUUUGGCCGUUAAACAGACCUUAGAUACGCUCAUCGAUAUGGUGUGUAACAAAGAGGUCGAUGAGAAUUUAGUGGAGCAGAAUAACACAGAUCUUUUACCGCCAGAACUAAAGGAAGCUAUAUUUGAAGAUUUGCCACAUGACCUGUUAGAUGGAAUCUCAAUGCAAGACAUUUUUCCAAAGAUGUCGUACGAAGAUUUUUUAACCAUGGAUUUAAAGAAUGAUAGUUCUUUUAGUACGGAUUUGUUUAAAGAUGAUAUGUUGUCGUCGGAAGUCGAAGACGUGAUAAAACCGUCGGAAAAUAAGAUCUCCAAAAUGGAUUCAUCUCUGCUGGAACUGGGAACGCAUAAUGAUCUCUGGGUGCGAUUGGACACAAAGACCGCGGUGCAGGAUCUCAUGGAUGACUUAUUUAAUUCGAAGAAUCAGAAACGCGGCGGCAGGGAACUGAAAAGAUCCAAAUCCGAAGUGAUGUCAAAUAAUCCGCUGAUUGUCGGCGGUCAAAGGCAUCAUCAACGCUCCUGUAGCCUUACCUGGAGUUGCAAAUUAGAUAACACUUAUGGUUCUAAUAUAAAGAGGCGGAAAUUGCCCCGAAAUCCAUCGAGCACAAAGUCCAGUGAGACCGGUCUCAUUGUUCUUGAUACUCAAAACGAACGCACGUCGAUGUUUCAUGAAUUGAGAAUCCCAGAGAUUAUGGUUACCGUAGGAAGAGGGAACACGUCUAAUAUACUAUCCGAUUCUGUGCGCGAAUUCAAGUACUGCAUUGAGGAUUCCGCGGGACUGAAUCGCCGCGCGUUACCAGCCAGGGACGAUGCGAAAGAGCAUAAGAGGCUGUUCUGGCAUCCGAGACAGCAGCAACCGCGAAUAGUGCAAGUUGACGGGUCGGCUGACGCUAAUAGCGCCAGUGAGUGCAGUUCACCAGAGUACAACGCCGAGGAGAAAAAUUCGAGCCUUCAAACGUCCAAAUCAUUAUCGAUCCCUCAAUUGGACGGGAUUAACGACGAACAUUCUUGUGACACUAGCGAGCCGAGCAUGGAGAAGGAACUUGGCUCGUACGCGCGGCCUUCGAAUCUUUUGCAUUCAAAGUGUAUCUUUGAUUUUAUCAGAUCGCAUGUAUCCAGUAACUGUGACAAGUCGCAGAAGAUGAAAAAUGGUAGUGGUAAUUCCAUAGCUUCACCAAUCGCCAGAUGCACUUUACACAAGACGGGAGUCUUGUUCAAAGAGAAGAAUCUCAAGAUGAAUUUGCAGAUCCCGCAGGUGGAUGGUGCAGGUGAUAUCUCGAGCGACGAUGAGUGCGUUUCAUCAGAACAUUUAAUGACACAUGAAAGACUGAUUCAUACUUCGUACGAGUCGUCAUUCGAACACAUUGAUGUCACUUGUAAGAGGUGUCGCAGUACGUACCGCACUGAGGAGAGCUACAAUCGUCACUUAGCUAACUGCGAUACUAUGAUUACCAGCGAUAGCGAUUCGGAGACCAUGGACAACAAAUUGACAUCGCCAGAGUCAGGAUUUUCGCCACAUAUGCGUUCAGGAUCUCCGCAGUUCAUUACACUUUCGCCGUCCGAAGGCCACACCCUGACGACUGAUUACACGGAUAUCCAGGCAACUUCACCCAUCGAGGCAUCCGUAGCGUCACCUCACCCAAGUAUCCAGAUUGAACCAAUCGCCCAGGCGAUCAUCACGCCGCAGAUCCAUGCGACACACGCUACCGUCGAGACUGUACACCAGACAGUAUUAACGUCCAACGAUGUGAUUGUACAGACUCAGUACACCCGCAGGACCACCACCUUGCCGAACCCAACAGUAUUACCUCCUCAGGAAAGUACGGUGCAGAUAACAGAGAUUACAGAUUCGCCGUCCGUCUCCAGCGAUUCUAACGUUACUGCGCAUAACAUGGUGAACACGCCAAUGAAUUCGCCGGACAGCACGAGUUCGCAGACCGUCCCAAGCCCGGAAAUAUCGCCCAAUUUCUCGUCCACGGGUGUACCAAACGCGCACGAAUCUGCGCAGAUGAACGCACAGAUCUCCCGAGUCUCAUCCAAGUCGAAGAAUUUACGGGUGGCCAAACCUAAGACCAAGAGCGUCAAGUCACAACAACAUAUUCUGAAAAACGUAAUGCAAACGCCGCACAAUGCCACGCACAAUACCAGAUUCCAACAGACGGCGAUGACGAACGGUCCACCAGUAAUCCAGUUACAUCAGACCACCCAGAGACCACCACCUACGGUGAUCCUUCAGCAAGUAGCAUCGCCAGGCAUUGUAUCUGCUUACGUGGAGGCACUACAGCAGCAAUCCGGCCAAAAUUUACAAUAUAUCACGACGAUAGGCGGGCAGCAUGAGACCGGCUUCAAGCCGCAGCUGAUCGCCGCGAAUCCCUUGAUGCCGGGCACAUACAUACAGACACCGUCCCCCGACAAUCUAUUAACGUUACAGAAUGGUGGUAUAUCCAUAUUACCGAGCGUACAGAUCGCGCAAGCGCAGCCUACAGUAUUGGGCACUAUCAUACAGCAACAACCCAGUGCGAUCCAAUGUGGCGUCAUAUCAUCGGAACAGUUGCUGUUGAGCUCCACGCCUACCCUAGAAAUGUUCACCGAUCCAACUGGCGGUAUGUUCGUGUCAAAUCAACCGAUGUAUUACGGCCUGGAGACGAUUGUCAGCAACACUGUAAUGUCGUCAAGCCAGUUCAUGGCGGGUACCGUUCCCCAAGUGUUGGCCAGCAGCUAUCAGACAACCACACAGGUGUUUCAAGCGUCUAAGUUGAUGGAGCCCAUCGUUGAUGUACAGGCUGUACCGGGUGUACCUACUGUAACGGCUAUGCAGAAUGUAUCUAAUAUGCCGAACAUGUCUGGGGUACCCAACAUAGCCGGCGUGCCUAAUAUAGCGAGUGUACAGAGUGUAGGUGGCAUGUCCAACGUGCCUGGAGUGCCUUAUGUUGUGGUGAAUCAAUCGGCACCACCGCUGCCACCAACAGCUGCUCCGGCACCGCCACCAACACCAGCAUUGGCGUCAGCGUCGAUGCCAGCACCUGCAUUAGCAUCAGCGUCGAUGCAUGCACCAGCAUUAGCAUCGGCGUCGAUGUCAGCAUCAGCUUUAGCAUCGGCGUCGAUGCCAGCACCAGCAUUGGCAUCGGUAUCGAUGCCAGUACCAACAUCAAUAUCAGCACCAACGCUAAUGGAACCAAUCGCCACACCAACGCAGAUCAACAUUUCUGCCAUGUCCCAAGAACAAGUUUACGGUAGCGUCGCGUGUAAUGCCGUGUCACCGAUACCGUGUCAGAAUACGACUAUGGAACAUCCAAUGAUGUCGAUUCAGAUGGCAGACAUAUGCUCGUCAAACGCGACAACGGCGAGCGUGGUGACGCCAACGAGGCUAUCACCGCCGGCACCACCCCCGCCGCCGCCGCCAGCACUACCACCGCAACCACCUCCGCCCCCGCCACCUCAUGCGAUACCGACGAUACCUCGCGUUGCUGUGAGACCCAGUCCGGUUACGCAUUCGGUUCAGGCGAAUCACGGAGCCGCCUGGAAGGUGACCGAGCCAUUGUUUGGCUCAGAGCAACCGAUGAGCAAUAGCGUGCGGCCAUAUUUCGACUCGAAGCACGUAUCGGAGAACACUAGCAUGAUCAAGUCUAGCAUAUCAUCAUCCAAGAUACCGCCUCUAUCGAAUCAUUAUGUCACGCAAAGGAAUCUAGGAGUUGUAAAUAAUAAGUCGAACCAUGAUGUAAAUAAUAUACAAAAGAGCUACAGCGGCAGUACCGCAUUAAAUUCCAAUUCGGCGAACACAAGCGUUAACAGUAAUAGCCUGAUUGUCGUCUCCAAUUCCAAUUCCGUGCAGAACAAAAUCACGAUGCCCACGAGUAAUAUGCCGACUAGUAGACCGAUGAACAGGGUGCUGCCGAUGCAGGCGGUGACGCUCAAGCAGGAUCCGGUAAAGAAAGACGAUUUGGUGAUUGAAGAACCAACAAAGCCAGUAAUCAAGCCAGCCGAACCGGAAAUUGUGGAAUCGAAAAAAGAAAUCACUGAGCAAAUCGUACAGAUAAAAAAACCUGAAACCACGCUCAACAAUAUCAGUGAUAAUAUUAAGCUGAAUACAGAGACCAUAGAAAAGGUAAAGGAGAAUCUUAAACUGGAACUUGAUAAGGAAAAGCUGCAGAACACGUCGUUGAAGAUAGUUUUGCAGAAGCAGCUACAGGAUGGGUCUUACAAGAUCACGCGCAACAUGAAGGCGGUCACCCAGACCAAAAAGUCCCCGCAAGUGACAUCUGUAGAGAUUUUGCCGUCGAAGCAAGUGCCUCAGAUUGCGUCGUUACAACUGCUGCCGAUUAAAACGUUCACCCUCAAGGCAAACAAACUUGAAGACAAGAUGAAAUCUGUGGAUUCGAAGAUAAACGUACUCAAAGCGAAAGCGCCGCCUGUAGCUGUCAAGAAACCGAGAAUAAUAACGAAAUCGAUCAGACCGCAGCAAAAUCCGCCGCAAAUGCAGAAAAACUGCUCAAAGGGACCGAUCCUGAUGUACGAAAUAAAGUCACAGGAUGGCUUCACCCACACCGCCUCAUCUAUGUCCGAGGUCUGGGAGACUGUGUACCAGGCAGUGCAGAAUGCACGCAAGGCUCAUAAUCUGCCCCCUUUACCUCACAACCCUUUGUCCGAAAGUCUUGGUUUGGAGAACAAUGCGGCCAUUUACCUGAUCGAACAAUUACCGGGCGUCAAUAGAUGCAGCAAGUAUAAGCCCAAAUUCCAUACUCUGACGCCGCCGAAACCCGAUGAGAUGGAAAAUGAAUUGCCGGCGGCGUGCAUCAAUGGAGCGGCACGAGCGGAGCCCUUCAAGGGUAGGAAAGUCCACGACAUGUUCAGCUGGUUGGCGUCACAGCACAGACCGCAUCCUAACAUAAUUGCUAUAUCGGAAACGGAAUCUAGACGAGCCGCGAGUACCAAUUUGCCUAUGGCAAUGCGCUUUAGAAUACUUAAGGAAACUUCAAAAGCAUCUGUUGGUGUGUAUUAUUCCCGCAUACAUGGUAGAGGACUGUUUUGUUUAAGAGAUAUUGAGCCUGGUGAAAUGGUCAUUGAAUACGCCGGUGAAGUCAUUCGAUCUUCCUUGACUGACAAAAGAGAAAAGUAUUAUGAUAGCAAGAACAUAGGCUGUUACAUGUUUAAAAUUGACGAUCAUCUAGUUGUUGAUGCUACUAUGAAAGGAAAUGCAGCUAGAUUUAUCAAUCAUUCGUGCGAGCCAAACUGCUACUCGCGAGUGGUGGACAUUUUAGGUAAGAAACACAUACUGAUUUUUGCUCUUCGUCGCAUCAUUCAAGGGGAGGAGUUGACGUAUGACUACAAAUUCCCAUUCGAGGAUAUCAAGAUCCCGUGUACUUGCGGUUCUCGCAAAUGUCGCAAAUACCUCAACUGAGACUGCGUAUAUACAGCUUAUCCUAAGCAGCCGACCGAUGACAAAGAAGUAAAUUAUGUGCUAUAAUUGCGCGCGCGCUUUCGAAUAGGAUUCGUUUUAUUGAAUGUUAUUCAUUUUACUCAUCAUCAAACUAUUUUCAGAGAUUGCAGCUUUUUAUUACUAUGAGAACAUAGAUUAUACAUUUUAAAUAUUAGAAGGCCAGACGUAAUACGCGAAGCACGGCGAUUACGAUGAUGUUACUUUAGACAGCUACGUUCCUGUAGUUGAUUUAACGGGGGGCGGGGGAAGGAGGUAUAUGUGCACGUAUACCUAUAGCAAUAAACCAUUCGAGUAUGUCCCGCUUUCGUAUCCGACAAAGUCGUGCGUUUUACUAAUGCGCUUCAGACUUUUGAAAGUGUUACUUUAUUCACGCCUGUGCUUUCUCGCACGACUUUUAGACUCUACCCAUUAUCUACUAUUGAGGCUUAAGUGUACAAGUUAUCUUACACUUUACACUAAAUGCGAGUGCUCCUUAGUUUGCAUAAUUCCUAUGAAUCUUUCAUAGAUAUCUCUCGAUGCUUUGAUCGGGUUUGAAAACAAACUCUUCCUCUUAGAUGUACGCAUCAUAAGGAUGAAAAUGGAAAAUCGGUACAAGUACUAUGAGAAAGCAGCGGGUUUUCGCCGAUAAUCGCAGCUUUCAAGAAAUCACUUAUGUUUCUUUCGAGUGUCCCAAGAUAAAAUUAAUAUAAGCGUCAUGUACAAAUGAUCUUAUGAAGCGUAUGAACCUAAAACACGCGAUAAGUGUAUAUUUAAAUUUGUGUAAAUUUUAAAUUUAGUGUACAGUGUAUGACUAACUUUGUGACAUUUCAUGUCUGCUGUAGGGCCAGAUUUCAAAUGUUUUUGUAAAAUAUGUAAUUGUUAGACUAGAUAUAUCGUCUUUGAUGUAAGUACAGCAAACCAGUUUUAAGUUAGGAAUGUAGGCAUUAAGGAGAGAGAUAGAGAAUGGCAAGCAAGAACAGUCUCCUGUAGCAGGAUAUUGUUCGAAGGUGUACCUACUUUGGCAGACAUUGAUACAAGUUUGUUUUAUUAUUUACGUGGCAUCAUUGACGAGAGAAUUUGUUUUCGAAAUCACUUAUUCGUAUUCGUGAAAAUGAAUAAUGCAAGUUCAACAUGAUUUUUUUGUAUAUUUUUUUUAGAUAUCGCGUAUAUAUUUGUGCUUCCAUCUUGCCAAAAUCAUAUUCACAUCAAGUUUAUUAUCCGAAUUUUAUUGUCUGAAUGAUACGUGAGAUUUAUUUGACGAAUAUUUCAUAAAAAUGCUAAUGAUUUAAUAAUUCUUUUAAAAGAGUUUCUAUUGAAAAAUUAUUUGUUCGUUCAAAUCGACGAAGAUUUAUGCAUUGUUUGAGAUAAACGUCUCCGGACACAUUCCCGGUGAACGUUUGUGAUAUUUUCCCAUAAUGGGAAAUAUAUUAGAAAUGCUUUUAUAGGAAUAUAUAUUUUACAUUUUACGGAUAUAUAUACAUAUAUAUCAUGUAUUCCGUACCAAUAUCCUUCUGUGAAGUCCAGUUUUGCCUUACUUUUACAUGUACCUACGCUUUUACCCGGUGAUAGAUUUAGAUAUAUAUUUACGCAAAUGAUAUUUUAUAUUUGGAACUAACACAUAAUCGCAACGGCGUGGCACGGCGCCCUCCGAUACAACUACGACAAUGUAUUUUAGCGCAAUUAAUCAAUUUCUGCCGAGGUGGUAGUCCCUUAAACUUUGGUGCUCCAUGGACACCGUUAAGUGCACUUUUCAUGAAAAAAUGGCCUAGAGUAAGAGAUAGUAAAGUUGCAGUGCGGAAGUGUUUGAUAAUAAUAAGAAAUGCGUUAUACGAAGAAUAUUGAUCGUGAAUUAUUUAAAGAGGUAAUAUAAAGAGGUGAAAUGAUGGCAGGUGCACAUUAUUUGAGCACGCAAAUAAUGUCAGACGUGCUGCGAUUUUAAUCGGCCUGGUUUGGUACAAAGCGCGUACGCUGAGUUGUAAAAAGUUAUAAAAACGAGGGAAACUUGUUCUGGUCACGUGAAAUUGCCAUUUUUUAGAUAUUUUGUGAAUCUUUUUUUUUAAAUAUUAUAAUUACCGAUAAUUAAUAAUUAUUAUAUUCGAGGAUGAAUAUUGUUAAUAUAAUGAUAAUUAAUUUUAAUCUGUACAUGAAAAAUAAUACGACUAGUAAGGAUGGUAACUUACUUGAAAAUAUAACAAUGUUAGAUAUUUUAUUGAUAUUUAUUGAUUAUGAACGAGACGGUAUUAGGGUUGACGAAAAAAAUACUAACGUAAACUGAACGAUUUAGAACCGGUGCACAUAUAUGGUAGUCGCAUUGAUUGACGCGGAUAUACAAGGAUCAGAUCCUUUCUUUUUUUUCUAACAGGCGAGUAAAUGUGUAUUUUUAAUUCGCUUCCUCAUCGUUACGCUACGGAUGUCAGAAUUAAUUUGGACUUAACAAAAUGUAUACUCUGUAGGCAUGCAUACCAUGUAAUCCGAUUUUUACAUCGCUAUAUAUUAUGAUUAUAGACUUGUAGGCUAUCUAUCAUUGAUUUCAUUGCUACACUCGUGAAUAGACUUAAAUUCUCAAUACAUCGUUUUUUUCUUAUAUUAUUUGUAUCACUGACGACUUCUGUAAAGUACCCACACGAGUACUUCGGCAAAAAAGUAUGGAACAGUUUGAGCGUGUACUUGUAACGGGACAAAGUGUGAGAAGAGAGAAAGAGAGAGAGAGAAAGAAAGAAAGAAAGAAAGAUUUUUACUUGUCUCUUGAUAAUCUUUGCCUGAUUAAUACGGAUGAAUAUCGGGUGCUUUCUGGAACAUACUCUGUGUCUUUUUCAACUCUUUAAACUGCGUGGAAAGGGCGUAUGACCCUCCUUAGUAUUACGCAUACAGCUUUCAUUAUUAUUAUUAUUAUCGCUAUUAAUUAUAAUCUAUACACACAUAAAAAAAGGAGAAAGAGAAAAACAUAAUACAUCACUACUCAAGUCACUCGUAUAUUUGGGCACAUUAAGCACCGUUUGUUUACUACACCCAUCAGCACCUUUCAAAAAUAAUGCUGCGUGUAAAAAAAAACGAAGGACAUCCGAUGAACGGUACGAUGAAUAAACGUGUAGUUUAACAAUAAUUAAAGAAAAAAAAUGAUACUAAUGUAUAGAUGUAAUAAGUAGAUCGUUUCUCUCCGACUUUUACGCAUGUUUUACCUCUCGACAGGCAAACUCGCUUCGAACGGCGAUUCAAACGUAACGUUUAAAAUUACGUGAUUAAUUCGCGGAAACGAUGAGUAUUACCGCGUUCUCGCGACACGACGCGACGCAGUUUCGGCAUAUCGUCACGUUACGUGCGAUCUCUCACAACCGGGAAUUUUGUCUCUCAUUGCACUAUUUAGAUCCUUUCAUUUCGAGAUAUAAGGAUAAGCUGAGAAAAUUAAAAUAUUCUUACGAUUUAAGGAAUUAGAAAAAAGGGGAGAAAAAAAUUGAAAUAUAAAACGCUUCUUAAGACGUGUAUAAAAUUACUAUUCUAACGUUUAAACAGAGUGUAGAAUUUUGAAAUAUUGUACUUGUUUAAAAGAAAAGUGAGAGGAAAGAUAAAUAACAAUUACUGACAAACUCGACGACGGUAUGAAAGGGAAAAAGAAAAAUUGAAAAAAUUGUCUGUGAUUAUCAGUCAUAAUAAUCUUUAGGUCGACAUAUUUUUUAGAGAAUAUUUUUUAGGAAAUUACAAAAUUUAUGAUAUAUCCCUAUUAUUGAUAUGAUAUUGGAUCAGACACGCGCUAUACGCAUAAUAAUAUUAAAAGUGAAUUUGAGGAAAAAAAAAGAAAGAAUGAUGAAUUGUAAAAGUUGCAAACUGUUUAAAUAGAGUUACAAAUAGUUGAGAUUCGAUGGCUGUUGUAAAAUAUUCAGUGUUUGGACAAAUAAUUAUUAAAAAAAACUAUUUAUAACUAAUAUCGAAGUACGGUAAUAUUAUAUCAUAUAUUACAGUAGCGUUUUUAUCCCUUCUUGCGUUUGCAUAUUUAUGACGGACAUAGGUUGUAGAGAGAAAGAGAAUUUUCGGUAAAUGAGGCCCGACCGAGCAAAACUGGUGAUUAAAUGAAUGCGAUUAAUCGAACGAACGAAAAACGGAGUCGAAACGAAUUGGAAGGGUGGAAAGGGGGAGGAACAGGGGGCAUUUGCCACACGUUUUUUGCGUGUAAAUUGUCGUUAUCAAUCCAUCUACUUAUCGUAGAGAACUUAUGAAGUUUAAUCGUAAUAUCUACAUUAACCAGAAAAAGGUACGCGUACCGCAUAGAAAAAAAAAAAACACAUAGCCGCUUUCAUCACAAAAUACAUAAAUAUACAUACACACACGUACAUGCAUAUACACACACGUGAAACGAACAGAUAUGCCCAUGUUUUGUAAUUAAAUGUUUUGUUAGUAUAUAUUAUACCAGAAAAUUAACAAAAUAAAAACACAAGUGGAAAUAUGAGAGAAA